CAACGAUAUUUUUCCUAAAUCUCUUUCAGUUCACUUCCACGUCUCGUUGUAUGACAACGAUCUUCUCACGUGAAGUGUUAUAUAAUUUACAGUGUUUUCUUUUGAAUUGUUAAUAUUCUUGAUUUUUGAAAUGGAUGACGAAAAACUGAUAGAAUUGGUAAGGCGAAAUGAAGUUUUGUAUGACAUGACGCACCCAAAAUACAUGGAUCCAAGCUUCAAAAAAUCAAUUUGGAAUGAAAUUGGAAAGGAAUUAAGUACAACAGGUACGCAGUGUAAAAGUCGGUGGACUAACAUAAGGGAUCAUUUCAGGAGGAACCUGAGGAAACGGACAACUAAAAGCGGUCAAGCUGCCCAAAAUAACAAGAAGUAUAAAUACGAAGAUAUACUUCAAUUUAUUUUACCGAACAUAAGUGAAAUGCAAACAAUAUCAAAUGUUCCAUCGCCGGGAGAAAAUUUGAAUUUCAAUCAAGAACAAGAAGAGGCUGUGGAUAGAGAUCUCCAAGAUAGAGAACAAGCUGAUACUCCACAUCAAUCCUCAGGAAACACAAAUUCCACAUCAUUGCAAUCCCGAAAAUAUUUGAAACGAAAUUAUGCGGCCACCGAAUCACCAUCGUCUUUAUUAAUGAAAUAUAUUAUUAAUAGGAAUGAAACUGCACGUAAAGACACUGAAGAUUCGCUUGAUGCUUUUCUAAUGGCAAUCGGGGUCACAAUGAAAAAAUUUUCUCCCUACUACCAACACGUAGCGAAAGGUAGAAUUUUUUCUGUAGUUCAAGAGAUAGAACUACGACAGUUACAAAAUGAACAUUCAUAUGCACCAGGAAGUGAAACUACGGCAUCUCGUCCUCAUUCUGCAGAUAUGACUUCAUCAUCAGUAUCAUCAAUUCCAGAUAACAAAUCAAACAUUUAAGAAUAUUUUAACCAUUUUCAAUAAACUUCUUUUUUUAGAAUCCUUUGUGUUAAUAAUAUUUGUAUGUUAAAAAAUAAAGUUAAUUGAUGAAAAUAA